AUGGGACAGACUGUGAUGACAUCUUUGGACUUGACCUUGAAGCACUGGACUGAAGUUAGGGCCAGAAGUAGAGACUUAUCUGUACUAAUAAAGAAAAGACCCUGGCAGACUUAUUGUGCCUCUGAGUGGCCAUCUUUAGGUGUAGGCUGGCCAUCAUGGGGCACUUUUGAUACAGAAAUAAUAUUGCUCAUUAAAGAUAUUGUUUUCCAGGCUGGACCCGGAAGAUAUCCUGACCAGCAACCCUACAUUGUGGUCUGGCAAGACCUCGUCCUGAACCCCCCACCUUGGGUAAAACCUUGGGUACAUCGGUCGAUGAAUUGGCCUAUCACUCAAGUUUUUUCUCUAAAGGAGGCCCCAUCAGACAAAGAUGAAAGGCCUCCAGGAAUCCAGCCUCGCCCACGGAUAUACCCAGAGAUUGAGGGGACCCCAACCUGGUCGGAACCCCUUCCUCCCCCUUAUCCACAAGCCCCUGCCCCUCCCAAGCCUAUUGCAGAGCCCUCAGCGCCUUCCAGGGAAAUUCAUGGACCUGCUUCAGGGAUGCGGAGUCAGAGAGCAGUUUCCCCUGGGGCACCUCAUUCCACAGUAGCCCUCCCCUUGAGAGCUUAUGGGCCACCUCCCCCUGAGGGUCCUAAUGGUCAACCUGCGGCUCUGCAGCCGCUUCAGUAUUGGCCAUUCUCCUCCUCUGACCUGUAUAACUGGAAGACUAACCACCCUUCCUUUUCUGAGGAACCACAGAGAUUGACAGGUAUUGUGGAGUCCCUUAUGUUUUCUCAUCAGCCCACCUGGGAUGAUUGCCAACAGCUGUUGCAGACGCUGUUUACCACUGAGGAACAAGAGCACAUUCUUUUAGAGAAGAGAAAGAAUGUUCCUGGGGCUGAUGGGAGCCCCACCCUGAUGCCCAACCUCAUUGAUGAUGCUUUCCCCUUGGGCCGACCGGAUUGGGAUUACAACACCAUCGAAGGUAGGGAGCGACUGAAAGUCUAUCGCCAGACUCUAGUGGUGGGUCUCAAGGGAGCGGCAAGACUCCCGACCAAUUUGGCCAAGGUAAGAGAGAUUACUCAAGGGGAGAUGGAACCGCCUUCAGUAUUCCUGGAAAGAUUAAUGGUCGCUUUCCGGCGGUAUACCCCCUUUGAACCAGAAUCGGAGGGACAGAGAUCUUCUGUAGCCAUGGCUUUCAUAGGACAAUCAGCUCCAGAUAUUAGAAAGAAGCUUCAGCGAAUUGAGGGAUUACAAGAUUAUACUAUACGAGAUCUGGUAAAGGAAGCAGACAAGGUGUAUCAUAAGAGAGAGACAGAGGAAGAAAGAGAGCAGCAGAGAGAAAAGGAAAGAGAGGAACGAGAAAGGAGAGACAGAAGGAAGGAAAAGGACUUGGCUAGGAUCUUGGCUGCAGUCGUUAGGGAAAAAAAUUAUAAGGGUCGAGAAAAUAAACCAAGGCAGACAGGGUACCUGGGCAACAGAAGACCACUAGACAAAGAUCAAUGUGCGUAUUGCAAGGAAAAUGGACAUUGGGCUAGAGAAUGCCCUAAGAAAAAGGGAGGACCUCCUAAGAUACUGGCCCUGGGAGAGGAAAACAGCUAGAGGGGACAGGGCUCGGAGCCCCUCCCUGAGCCCAGGGUAACCCUACUAAGGAAGGUGCCCCCUUUACUUGGGGACCCCAACAACAAGAAUCCUUUGACAACAUCAAGCAGGCCUUGUUGUCUGCUCCAGCUCUCAGUCUACCUGAUAUAA